AUGAUUCCGUAGAUUGAUUUUCCAAUUUACGGGAAAAGUUGUUUAAAUAAAGAAGAAAUUUUUUAUUCUUUCAGAUGGCUGUUGAUUUAGAGUCUUUAUCCGAGGCUACUUCGGGUGCUUUAGGGUCAUUGUUAAGCACCACGAUCUUGUAUCCUCUUGAUACCUGUAAAACCAAGUACCAAGCCGAAGUUCAAACCCAUGGUCAACGAAAAUACAGGAGCCUUUCAGACGUACUUUGGGAAGCGGUAUCUACCGGCCGAGUUCUUUCUUUAUACCAAGGUUUAGGCACAAAAAACCUACAGUCAUUCAUUGCACAGUUUAUCUAUUUCUAUGGAUAUAGCUACUUCAAAAGACUGUAUCUAGAAAAGAGCAAUUGCAAGUCGAUUGGAACGAAAGCAAACUUGAUUCUUGCUGCAGCGGCAGGGGCUUGUACUGCUAUUGUCACUCAGCCCCUGGAUACAGCCUCCUCAAGGAUGCAAACCAGUGCGUUUGGAAAAUCGAAAGGGCUCUGGAAGACCCUCUCAGAGGGCACCUUGAGUGAUGCAUUCGAUGGCCUUGGCAUAUCACUUUUGCUUACCUCCAACCCUUCAAUUCAGUUUACAGUUUUUGAUCAGCUGAAACAAAGACUACUUAAGCAAAAAUUGAAGGAAGCAGAGCAUGGUUCGUCCCCGGUAGUUCUAUCUGCCUUCACAGCUUUCCUGUUAGGUGCGGUUUCGAAGAGUAUCGCUACUAUUUUGACUUAUCCGGCAAUCAGGUGCAAGGUAAUGAUCCAAGCCGCAGAUCCAGACGACGACGACAAUGAUAAAACCAAGAGAGCUCAACAAAAACCACGGAAAACAGUGUUGGAUGUUGUUCGUACUAUUUGGAAAAGGGAGGGGAUUUCCGGCUUUUUCAAGGGAUUAGAGGCUCAAAUCACGAAGACCGUGUUAAGCUCCGCUUUGCUUCUGAUGAUCAAAGAGAAAAUCUCAGCCACAGCCUGGGUUCUUAUACUUGCUCUCCAAAGAUAUCUAUUUCUUACAAGGGGUAGACUAAAAAAUGCAUGACAUGAACAAAUAUCAGCUAUUACUUGAAAGUCAAGUUAAUGAUCUGGCUUCAUUCGAAUACAAACUGUUUGUAGUUUAUGGGA